UCCAAACUUUUUUGUAUAUUUAUUCCAACCCCCUCCAAAAAUUACCCCCACAAAAUCAAAUUUCAUCCACCCCCCUGUUCUCUUUAUUUUCGUCUGGUCUCUUCCGCAAAAUCAACUUUCUCGUGACCACUCCCAUGGAGGUAGCUACAACCCUAGCUCUGGAUAAUGCUGGCCCGCCCGAAAUCCUAGCGCCUUCUAGGGUUUCGCCGGUGGCGGGAAGGGCUGAGAUUGACACGUCAGCGCCGUUCGAGUCCGUGAAGGAGGCGGUUGAUCGUUUCGGUGGAAGCGCUCAAUGGAAGUCCCAACUCAGGCAGCUUUUUCAACAUGAGAAACAUCAUGGUCCAGUGGAGCUUGAUGUGAUGCUAGUGGAGGAACAGACUGCACAACUAGAGAAAGACCUCAUUCUGAAAGAAAAGGAGACACUUGAUGUUCUCAAAGAACUUGAAGUGACUAAAAAAAUUGUAGAUGACUUGAAACUAAAGCUGCAGAAGGAAGCAUCUGAAGUCCCUAACAUCUCCGAGAAGAACUCAGAUAGUAUGAAGGUACAUCCAAUCCCAGAAGCUGAAGACUGUCGAAGUAUUGGUGCAAAGCAAUCUCCGGGUUUAAUUUUGUUGGAAUUGAAGCGAGCAAAGUUAAAUCUCAACAGGACGACAAGUGAUCUGGCUGGCAUUAGAGCUUCUGUAGAAUUACUCACUAGUAAAAUUGAGAAAGAGAAGGCUUUGCUUAGUAAAACAAGUGAGAAGCUUAGCUCAAAUACUGCUCUGGUUUCAUCUUUAGAGGAACAAUUGAAUCAGACCACUCUCAAGCUGCAAGAAACCAGAGAAGAAAGAAACCCGUCAGAUAUCUCAGCGGAAAUAGGAAAGCUAACUUCUGAAAUAGAGCAGUUGAGACAAAUGAAAGAAAUCUCAAACUCCGAGGUUUUGAAGUUAACAGCAGAGAUUGAGCAAUCAAAUGCCAGUAUAAAGACAGCUGAAAUCCGAUGGUUUGCAGCAAAAAAGAUGGAAGAUGCAGCCAAAGCAGCAGAAGCUGUUGCCAUUGCAGAAAUCAAAGCCUUGAUGAAUAAUAAUAAUAAUAAUAAUAGCUCAGCUGAAGAGCUCGAACCCCUCUCUUUAGUAACGCUAUCCUUUGCUGAAUACACUGAGUUGACCCGUAAAGCUCGAGAAGCUGAUGAAAUCUCAAGAAAGAAAAUUGAAGCUGCUAUGAAUGAUGUAGAAGAAGCAAACCAAUGUAAACUGAAGUUGUUAACAGAGGUAGAAAAGGCCACUGCUCAAGUUAAAACAAGCAAGAAAGCACUGGAAGAGGCAUUGUUAAGAGCAGAGGUUGCAAAUAGAGGAAAACUUGCAGUUGAAGAAGCUCUGAGAAAAUGGAGAUCUGAACAGGGUCAAAGGAGGCGAUUUGUUCACACCUCUCCUAAGUUCAAGAACUCUAACCAAACUCAUCAUAGACGAGACUCUCGAAUGCUUGAUCUUAAUGGAUUGAGCCUGGUUACUGAUGUGCCAAGUAUUGGGAUGAGGCCCACAUUGUCGAUUGGGCAGAUACUUAGCAGGAAAUUGAUGACUCCUGAUGAGUAUGAUGUGGGAAUAAGUAAGAAGAUUCAUGUGAAGACUGAGGUUUCCUUGGGUCAAAUGUUGAGCAAGAAACAUGGGGCUUGGUCUCCUCUGAGGGUAGUUGAUGAUGGAUCUGGUCGAAAGCAGUUUUCUGUGAAGAGGAAGAAGUUUGGGCUUGUUGGUCUCUCUCUUCUGAAAGCGAAGCAAAGCAAGAAGGCGAGAAAGAAUAGGAGGACACGGGAAGCCUGAGGUCUAGGUAAUUCUAAGUUUAUAAGUAGUGCAUGAUCCUAAUUUGGCACGAGGUGUUAUAUAUCAUGCCAUAGAUAGUGUGAAAUUAACUUGAUUGUAUCUUUUCUUUGAUUUUCAAGGUGGGGUUGAUGGUGUAGGUUGUUCAGUCAGUGUGUAGAGUAACACUACUUAUGUUCUGUAAUUUGGAUCUGAGUUUGAUGACUGUGUAAAUAUUUCUGAUAUUAGUUUAAGCUGCCGAGUUUUGGAACAUCA